UACUAAGGGCGGCUGCUUAGCAGACAAACUAGUACAGUGGGUUUAGUUAGGUGUUAAUCGUUCACAGCAUACAGCACACAAACCACCGCUUAGCUCGUCAUGGCUUCCAAUUCCUCCGAACCGCCACAAAUUGCAGUUGAUUCUGUUUUGCUAAAGAGUGAACCUAUGCCAGAUGGUUCGGAGACAGUGAAAGGGUAUGAUUUCAACCAAGGCACUGACUACCACGCGCUUCUACAAAGUUACAAGAACACAGGCUUUCAAGCGAUGCAUUUUGGAAAAGCUGUGGACGAGAUCAACAAAAUGAUAGCCAAGAAGAAAGAACCAUAUGUCCCUAACACAGAAAAUCCUGAACUUGACAUAUUGCCUACCGGAAGACCGAAGAACAACUGUACAAUUUUCCUGGCUUAUACAUCAAACAUGAUAUCCUGUGGUGUCCGUGAAGUAAUACGUUAUUUGGUCCAAAACAAUAUGGUUGAUGUUCUCGUCACAACAGGGGGAGGUAUAGAGGAAGAUUUCAUGAAGUGCUUGGCCCCAUCAUACCUUGGAGACUUUAGCAUCUCAGGGGAAUUUCUAAGGAAAAAAGGAAUCAAUCGGAUUGGCAAUCUGCUGGUUCCUAAUGACAACUACUGCAAACUUGAGGACUUCAUUCAACCAGUGUUGGAUAAGAUGCUUGAGGAACAACAAAAUGAGGGAAUUAAUUGGACACCAUCAAAGUUCAUAGCACGACUUGGCAAGGAGAUCAACCACCCAGAGUCAGUGUACUACUGGGCUUACAAGAACAACAUCCCUGUGUUCAGCCCAGCUAUUACAGAUGGUGCUAUUGGGGACGCCAUCUACUUUCACUCGUACAGGAAUCCUGGACUAAAGCUUGACAUUGCUGAAGAUGUCCGACUUGUAAACAAUCAUGCUGUGUUUUCAAAGAAUACUGGUAUAAUCAUCCUUGGUGGAGGUCUUGUCAAACAUCAUGUCUGCAAUGCUAAUAUGAUGCGUAAUGGGGCAGACUAUGCAGUGUAUGUCAACACAGCACAAGAGUUUGAUGGGAGUGAUUCAGGAGCUAGACCAGAUGAGGCUGUCUCUUGGGGAAAAAUUAAAGCAACUGCAACUCCAGUCAAGAUAUAUGGCGAGUCUUCUCUCAUCUUCCCCCUUCUUGUGGCCGAGACGUUUGCGAGAAACUUCAAAUCCACGCCUGAUAAAUCAUAAUCUUUUUAAUCCAAUCACAUCUCCUUGUAGUCUGCUUAGCAGCCGCUUUUAGUGUUUUAGUGUCAAGCACAUUUUUUCAAAAAAACGUCCAGCUCAGAUAGCAGCAAUUAUUUUUUUUAUUAUAGUGAUCACUCUAAAAAUGAAGAAUCAAAUUGUGCUCAUACUAGUGACUUAAAAUACUAUUGUUAUUGAUCAUUUAUGUAGUUCUGUUUUUACUCAGCUGGUGUGUAUGAUUUCAGGUAACCGAAAUCUAAAAAAAUAAGACUUUAAAAAUAAGAACGGCUCAACUUCAUGUGUCCAAUAAAAAAAAUAUUUUUACUACAA